AUGCUAUGCAAUAAGGGAUUCUGGACGAUCCUGGUCCUGGUCUGGGCCAUCGCCCUUUCCAGCGACCUCUCGCUGGUGAGCGGCCAAACGGUGGCGCCCCGAACGAGCUCCACGGUGAAGCCCACCAGUGCCCCCAAGCUGGAUGUGAGGCCCACCAAGCCCAUGAUGAUUGUGAAUGCCCCGCCCAACAAGCAGAAGCAUCUCGUUCCCGUUCCGCUGAAGUCGGGAAUGCAGGUGAAGGACACCAAGCCGCUGCAGGUGACUGGAUUCAUCACGAAGUCUGGGAACAUCUACGAGAUCGAGGACAAGCGCGGCAUGGGGUCCAUCGAGGGGCGUCAGGCGGAUGAUGGCCAGGACCAGAUCGUGUGUAACUACGGCAAUGUGGUCAUCUACAGUGAUGUGCCCUGUGACCAGGUGACCAAUGUCCGGGUUGGCGAGAUCAAGCCCAUCAAGGCAGGCGGCAGCGGAGGCGGUGGCGAGCAGCCCGCGGAGGUCAGCACCGAGAAGCCUCAAUCGCAGUCGCAAGAGGAGGAGCAGGCCCCCGAAAAGCAGGAGCAGGAGCAGGAGGAUGGGGAGAAGGAGCAGGAACAGGAGAGCAACCAUCCGCGCGGUCAGCAGAAUCAGGGGCCGAAUCGUCGUCGUCGCCGUCGUCCCCAGCAGCAGCAGAAGCGCCGCCGCGGCCAAAGCGGCAACGUGGUGCGCCGCCGCCGCAUACGCAACGGCAAUGGCAAUCAGAACACGCGUCGUGGCGUUCAGCAACAGCGACGUCGCCCCAACCAGCGCCGUGGCAGCGGCAACAGCAACGGCAACAGACAGAAGCAGCAGCAGCAGAAGCGCCGCCGUCAGCAGCAGCGUCGUCGUCAGCAGCAGCAGAGGCAGAAGCAGCAGCGUCGACGUCGCCAGCAGCCCAAAAGGCAGCGUCAGCAGCAGCAGCGUCUUCGCGUUCGCGAGGACAACAACGAGGUCUAG